GGGACGGCGCGGGUGCCACCUGCGUGCCGCUGUCCCCCGACGGCGACAGGAUCAUCGGGGGGUACCCGUGUGUCCCCAUGUCGCAGCCCUGGCAGGUGCUGCUCUACGGCCCGCUGCGCUGCGGGGCCGUGCUGCUGCGGCCGCUGUGGGUGCUGACCGCCGCCCACUGCGUCAAGAGGGGUCUCCGUGUCCGGCUGGGCGAGGAUGACCUGACGCGGCGCGAGGGGACGGAGCAGGAGCGCCGGGUGACGAUGGCCGUGACGCACCCGCGCUUCGACCCCGCCACGCUGGACGCCGACCUGGCCCUGCUGCGCCUGGACCGGCCGGCGGCCAUCACCCGCAGCGUGCGGCCGCUGGGGCUGCCCCGCGCCUGCGGCCCGCCCGGGGCCACCUGCCUGCUGUCCGGCUGGGGGACAGUGACAACGCCGCAGGUGACGCUCCCCAAGCGCCUGAUCUGCGCCUACGUGCAGCUGCUGUCGGACGCCGCGUGCCGGCGCGCCUACCCCGGCCGCAUCACGCCCAGCAUGCUCUGCGCCGGCGUCAGCGACCGCCGCGUCGACUCCUGCCAGGGUGACUCCGGGGGCCCCCUGUCCUGCAAUGGCACCCUGCAGGGCAUCGUGUCCUGGGGGCUGCAGACCUGCGCCCUGCCCGGCCACCCCGGCGUCUACACCAAGGUCUGCAACUUCGUGCCCUGGAUCCUGGACACCAUGGACAGGAACUAGGGACACAGGGACACCU